UCUGUGGUACUGAUGUGGACGGCUACGCUAAGACUGAAGGAGCGUGGGUGCUUUCGCUCCACAAGAGAAUGUACACCGUCAACACGGUGACCGACUGCGCCACCAAAUGUGACACAGAAACAUCUUUCACCUGCAAGGCUUUUGUGUACGUUGAGAAGGACCAGGAGUGUUGGACAGCAGCAGCCAACUCCAAAACAGAGCUCGUCAUGCGGCGGCAAAGCUCAGCUUUAUAUGAAAAAAACAAAUACCUCCUGGAGUGCAUCAACGGAACAGGAACAGAUUACAGAGGGACGAAAAGCAAAACAAAAUCAGGAAAGUUGUGUCAAAGUUGGGAUGCAAAGUUCCCACACAGGCCCAACUACACACCACAGACGUCUCCCAUGGCAGAUCUGGAGUCUAACUUCUGCAGAAACCCUGACGGCGACAGUGACGGACCCUGGUGUUACACCACCGACGCAGAAACACGCUGGGAGUCCUGCAACAUAGCCAGCUGUGCUG